AUGGCUCAAGACCGGAAUCCAGAUGCGGUUCAGAAUGGGUCUCGGGACAAGCUCCAGAGCUCGCCUGCCUGCAUCUACUCAGGCCCAGCCCUCAUCCUGCACAACGAUGAGGUCACAGUCACAGAGGAUAAGACCAAUGCCCUCCUUAAAGCAGCAGGUGUAAAUGUGGGACCUUUCUGGAGGAACUUGUUUGCAAAGGCCCUGGCCAAUGUCAACAUCUGGAGCCUCAUCUUUGAGGUAGGGGCUGGAGGAGCCACCCCAGCAGGAGAUCCCGCUCCCCCCUCCGGGGCUGCCCCUGCGGAGAAGAAAGUGGAAGCAAAGAAAGAAGAAUCGGACGAGUCUGGUGAUGACACACGUUUUGGUCUUUUGGACCACACCUCUCCCGUAACCUGUUCAAUAAAAAGCUGAACUCUUAAAAAAAAAAAAAAAUAGCAGAGGAUCCUGGGCUGUCUAUCCACUGACGAGGAGCU